AUGAUCAGAAAGACGCUGAGCUUUGCAAGAUGGGGAGAUAGCGAAUGCCUAUUUAAGAAUACUUCUUUCUGCAAACGAUACACUCAGUUGUCCAGAUUCGAAAUGUUGUGGAAGCUUCUUCUUUCGUUGGCUGCUUUCUUCACUAAGCCCUUCCAUGGGCCUCUAGAUCAGGAUCCCUUUAACAUCACUGCUGCAGACCAGGAGCCCUAUGAAAUCAGCCCAUAUGGACCUCAGAGCUGGCGGGAAGCACAUAUCGCCAUGCAGGCUCUCCAAGGAGAAAAUGGUGAUAUGAGAUUUGCCGCAGACUGGCCCGAAAGUGCUGGCAUCAGGGAUGAAAAGUACCGCUGGCCAGGAUACCCAGGAAAAGCCACAGUUCCUUACGUUAUGGAUGGAUCCCUCAGUAACAUCGAACAUCUAAUUGUCAAAGCUAUGGAUCAGUAUCACAAAAAUACAUGCAUCAAAUUCGUCAAGAGAACGAAUGAGAGGAACUACAUUAGGAUGGUCAAGAAAGGAGGAUGCUACUCUUACGUCGGCCGAGUUGGUGGUGCUCAAGAAUUGUCUCUUGGCCGAGGCUGCGAAUAUGUCGGAACCAUUGUCCACGAGCUCGGACACGCCAUUGGUUUGUUCCAUGAGCACCAGCGAUCGGACAGAGACCAAUACUUAAACGUCUACUCCAACAAUGUGAUCUCAGGACAAAUGCACAACUUCAAUAAGACACCCGCCAGCCAAGAACUGAAAUGGGCCAAAUAUGACUACACUUCCAUUAUGCACUAUGGUAACUACGCCUUCUCCAAACAGCCCGGCAAGCUAAAGACCAUGGAAGCUAAGAACGGCACUCCACUCAAGGAACCCUACGAAAAAGCAGGACUCAACAGCGUCGACAUCGAUUUGGUUAAGAAACUGUACAAAUGUUAA